AUGCGCUUGCGCCGUUCCUCGUUGAAACAUGGCGGAUGAAACGGGACGAAAUUAUGCUACUGGUUUAAAUUUGCGUUUGAUAUGUUCAAGUUGAAUUAAUUUCGUUAGAUUGACAUCUACAAUGAUUUAUAAUCUUCAAAUUUUAUUCCUGGUUUUAUUAAGCCUACCAAACGUCGCAAAAUGUAAAACUGUUCGCGGUAUUUUUAGCUCCAGACUUGCUCGUCUGUACCAAGGGCAGUAUCUAACCAAGUUCUGUUUUUACGGUGAAGCACUAAUUACUUUCAAGCUGAACACAACUUCAAGUGGGAAGCUUUACUUCUACCUUGACGAGAAAUGGCCCCAGGUUGAAAAAUCUUCACAAUGCCAAAACAAGCUGGAUAUGGCACAAUAUUCAUUUGGACUAGACUCGGUGUCUGGAGAGAACAAAUUUUCCCCCUGGGAUGACCCCAAGGUCUGGCAUGUCUUGUACGCUGAUUCUGUGACUUGCGACCCUAGUGUGCCAGCUCUUGACGAUGUUACUUUCGCCUUGGAAAUGCUUAAUCCUGAUUCUGGAGGAAAACCAUCUAGUCAUUGUGGUUGUGAUGAGACAGGGUUGCUGUCAUUUUAUGAAGUGCUGGCAUUCCUGUAUUUUGCUGGAGCAAUAGCUUAUGGUCAGCGUCUGUGGCAAACGAUCCAGAAAGGUGGACCCAUGCACCUGGUGAUAAAAAUGUUGUCUAUUGCUAUGAUUUACCAGGCUACAGGGCAUUUUCUUACUUUAAUUCAUCUCUACAGAUAUUCAAAGGAUGGCGAAGGUUACCCUUUUCUCAGCAAGCUGUCUAUAGCUGCAGAUGGCCUAGGUGGCUAUCAGAUGUUACUUAUGAUGGCCAAGUUGUCCACAGGAUGGACUCUUAGUUCCUCAUUCUCAACACUGGAUCCAAAACAGAUGAAACAAAUUAGCAUUGGCGUGAUUGCAAUUUCAGUUUUUGAGGUUAUAUUAGCCUCUUGGGAGAUGACUCUUCUUCUAGUCCUUGUUAAAAUUGUUGUAGCUGGAGCAUUUGCUGUAAAUAUAAGUAGAAAAGUUUCAGAGGAGAGAAGUACACUCCGUAGAGAAUUUUAUAUUAAAUUUGCAAAGUGUUGUUUAACCUGGCUUUUAGCAUAUCCUGCCUUAGCAAUAGUGUCAUUGGUUUUACCUGUCCACUCUAGAUUUAAGGUAAUAACAUGGGGCUUGUUGACAGCUCAGUGCAUAUCAAUCCUGUUAUUAUACAGACUGUUCUUAUCACGGAGUCUGUACUGGGAGGUAUCUUCCCUGGCAACUAGCACGCUUCCUCUACGACUGGACAGAGGCUAUGGAGCCAAGACCUACAACUCUGAAACUAGGACUGUUAGAAUACAUAAACAUAUUGCAGUGAAUUAGGCCAAUUCUGCUCAAAGAUUAUUUUUCUGUUUGUGGUUCUGGAUGUUCAGAUUGCCUCUGUAACUUCAGACAAUAUUCUCCAAGGAAGGAAGUGCUUGUGGGGGAAUCUUUCCUAUCAAAUCCUUCAGUAUAAUUACAAAUUCAGCUUUCAGAGUGGACACUUUUGGGACCAGCCGCUGCACUGUCCAAUUGAACCUAAGCGAUAUCUGUCGGAGAGAAUCUGUGUUUGUUAGUGGUCUGCCCUUGAUGCCGCGAAGUUACAAAAAAAACCGAAUAACCACCCUGCACGGGUAAUCGUAGUUUUGAAGCUUCUUUCCAUCACCUCUUCCGAAGGGUUGCAAAUGUUGCAGGGUUGCUACGUUUGGGCGUCUAUUAUGUAUACCAUAUGUGGAUUGAUCCAUAUCAUAGCAUAUAAAUGUUUUGAAUAAAACUUCUCGAAAGUAAUCAGUCUUUUCCUUUAAUGUUGAUGUGAUAUAUCAAAUACGAAAAACCGUGUUUGACCACAUUUCCAAACACCGAGAAGCGAGUUGAAAAUACGACGCACAGCGGAGUAUUUUUGACGAACUUCGAGGGGCUUGGAAAUGUGGUCAAACACUGUCUUGAAUGUUUGAUACAUCCUCUUAAUCGAAGCAAAAAAUAAGUCAAACGUUUUGGGUAGAGGGGUUUUCGUUACUUUCGGAACUCUUCGCUAGUGAUCCUCCUUAGUGAUGUAUCUGGUAUAUUUUGGAAACGUAAUUAGCAUAAGUUUUAUUUAAAGAUGCAUUGAAGUGGGAACACCCUACAAACGGAGAAACCUUUCAAUCCCUUCUGUUAUCUAGUCGCAAAAGAUUUUUCAAAUUAAACUGCGCGAAGUUGCUUAACAUUUCCUUUGAGAUGUGAUUCACGACGUCAAAGUUCGCGAAUAAAAGCGUGAAAAGAAACGCAAACAUUUGAUUUCGUGAAACAUUCACGUAGUUGUGUCAAGAUUUCCGGCAGCCAGCUACCCUGCGAGAGGGGGUGCUUUACAUUAUGCCAAAAAUUUCCGGUAAUUUCGGUCAAAAGUCAAAUGGAAAGGUCCGUUUCGGUUCUGUCCAAUCGGAAUUUUCGGGGCCACCUCUGGAGGUGGUCCACUUUGAUCGGUCAGACCGAUUGGACCGAAGUUUGCCGUUCUAUUUUGACAAACCGGUUUAUUGCCCUGUUUGUCUUCAGUAGAUUUCAGUGAAUUCGGGAAAGGAUUUAAAAAUGGUAAGAGUCAUUCCUCUCGGUUGGCCCGGUUCGGAUCGGAAAAUGUCGUUCCAUUUUCCUCGGUUAGUCCUGCUGGCCGUCUGACCGAUCGCUCUGGCAUAAAGGAAAGCAUCCAGAGAUUUCUUUUUCUUUCUGCUUCAAAUGUUCGUCUCGCAGGGUAGCUGAGCCGGGAAUUGUUUCCAAAAAACUAGAUACCCGGCAGUGAAAUUCUAAUAGGAUUUCCACUAAACAUCUCUUGGAAUAGAGCUUUCUUUAGAAAUGUCAAGAGAUUUCAAGUAGUUGUGUCGAGUUGUGGAAUUUUUCGAGCUUGGCCUUACUAUAGGAUCUCGAUGUUCUCGACAUUUUGCAAAUAUUCGCACUCUGGCUCACGGAGUCAACUCUCAUAGAAUGAUAUCCACAAAAAUUACAACAGGCCAUUUUCGAGUUACCUUGUGCCUCUGUUUCAAAACCGAGCCCUCGCGCAAAUCUUUUCAUAUGAAAAUGAGUUUGAUUUAACCUGUAGGGGGAACACAUUUUCAUAUGAAUGGUUUUGCACACGGACUCGUUUCGACACAGACGCAAAAGGCAACGAGCUAGAGUGUUCGAGAUUUGUUCAGAAAUGCCAAACGAUUCUAAAUAUUGUUUUGCUUUUGUACUGGAUGGAGGUUUUCGUUUUAUUAUUGACUAAUUGAUUGACUGAUUUAUUCAUUUAAUUAAAUAUUGAUUUUUGACGUUAAUUAGUUUUUAGCUAGGACUAAAAGAUCCAAAUCAGUUGUAAAAGUUCCCAAGUUUAUUGACCUACUUUAUUAAGUAAAUGUAUUGUUAAGGA